CUAGUUAGCGUGAUGGCACGGUUAAUGCUGUGCGUGUUGUGUGCAAUCUUCUUUGGGAACGUCGAAUCCGCAAGUAUUUUAGGGAUAUUCCCGUUCCCCGGGAAAAGCCACUACUUUAUGUUCGAGAAAGUCAUGAAAGCCCUAGCUGAAAGUGGACAUGAGGUUGACAUCUACACCCAUUUUUUAUCUAAAAAUGCAGUUUCCCGCAGCUACAACCAAAUAAGUUUACUGGGUACCCUACCGAUAGUUACGAAUAACUUCAGCGCAGACGUUGCAGAGUAUUCCUUCGUCGAAACGCUAAACUUGAUGACUGAAGCAGUGGGCACAGAUAUAUGCCGAAAACUCUUCGAUUCCGACCAGAUGCGAAACUUAAAAGUAAAUACAAAAAAGUACGAUGUGAUCAUCACCGAACUCUUUGCUUCAGAGUGUAUGUUAGCAUGGGGUCACCACUUCGGGAUACCGGUUGUGGGUAUGCUGAGCAGCUACCAUCUUCCGUGGACCGGUGACAGAUUCGGCCUACCAGAUAAUCCCUCCUAUGUACCAAAUUAUUUUUCUGGUCGUGCGUCGCUAGACAACUUUUUCCAUCGGCUAUCCAAUACUAUACAGUACGUGAUAGCCAAAUGGUACCACAGUACCGUUUAUGAGACGCAGAACGAAAUAGCCAGAAACUUUUUUGGCAGUAAUUUGCCGGACCUUCGGCAACUGGCCUUCAACGUAAGUUUAUUCUUGGUCAACGCGCAUUAUAGCACUAACGGCGCUAGGCCGCUGCCACCGAAUGUAGUAGAAGUAGCUGGUGCGCAUAUCCGAAAACCGAAACCGUUAAAUUCGCAUUUCAUGGAAAUUCUAAGAACCGACAAGAAAGGGGUGAUUUACUUGACAAUGGGGUCAGUUAUGCAAACCGAAACUUUCCCGAUAGCAACUCUGCAAUCGAUGUUCGACGCUUUCGCCGAGCUACCGUACAAAGUAGUCUGGAAAGCGAUCAAAAGUAACUUUUCAAAGGAACUUAGAUUUCCCGAUAACAUACACUUCGAGAAAUGGAUGCCGCAAAUCGAUAUUUUGUGCGACCCGAACGUAAAACUUUUCGUUUCUCACGGCGGAAUGCUGGGCAGCCUGGAAGCCAUUUACUGCGGAGUACCUGUGCUAGGAAUUCCACUAUUCGCAGACCAAACCACCAAUAUCGCUGUGGCCGAGACCAAAGGCUACGCCAUAAGAGUUGAUUACAAAAAUAUUUCUAGAGACAGUAUACUGCAUGCCGCAAAAACGCUUUUAGAAGAUACCAGAUACCAAGAAAAUGCAAAAAAAAUAUCAGAGAACUUUAAGGACCGCCCACGCGAACCGUUAGACGAAGCCAUCUACUGGAUAAACUACGUCAUUAAACACAAGGGGGCACCAGAGUUGCGGAGCGCAGCCGCUCGACUUUCGUGGUACCAGUAUUUUCUGGUCGAUGUAAUAGCCAGCAUUGCGGUCUCCUUUUGUACCUUCAUCUUUUUUGUUUAUGUAGGUCUUAGGGCCGUUUUUAUCCGAAAACAAUUGAAACAAAAAUCUAAUUGAUCGUCCUUUAGGUUAGGGUAAAUUUAAUUUAAAAAAUUAUGUAUAAUGAACAGUUGUGUUCGUCGAUAUAUAGCAGUUUUAGGCAAUUUUUAACCAGCAUUUAUAGUUAUAUUGAGUUAAUUACUAGGGUGUACUGCUGUAAUUGAAUAAUUAGAUAAAUAAAGCAGCAUUUUCAGAAAAUG